GUCUUUUUGUACCUUCCACACAUUUAGCCCCUACCGCCCACGGCCACCAUCUGCUGCUCCCGAAGCAGAGGCUCAGACAACGGCGUCAAGCCUGGAGCUUUAACGACAACAACGGGGUUUCCCGUUAAAAGCACCACGGUUCCCAAGCCAUUGGAUUAGCUGGGUGAAAUCUAUCACUGAAGCUAAGACCACCGUUGUUGCCGCCAUCCGCCAGUCCAAAUAAAGUCCCAUAAAUCAGGACAAAAUGGUGCAGAACAAAAUCACCGAAGUUACCGGAUUCCAUCGCUCUUUUAAGGGCCAAAAUCCUUUUGAAUCGGAGGAUUUUUCCAAAACAGGAUCCCAUCUCCUUGAAUCUGCCUUCAAUUUUGAUUGUUCCGCCCGACCUGACAUGCCAUCCAGCCAGCCCAUCGACAUCCCCGAUUCCAAAAAGAGAAACAAGAAGAAAAAGAGAUGCCGGGCAACUGACAGUUUCUCAGGGCGAUUUGAGGAUGUAUAUAAACUGCAAGAUGAAGUGCUGGGGGAAGGAGCCUAUGCCAGAGUCCAGACCUGCAUCAGUCAAAUCACCCAAAAAGAAUACGCUGUUAAGAUAAUUGAGAAGAGGCCAGGACACAGCAGAAGUCGUGUUUUCAGAGAGGUGGAAAUGCUGUACCAGUGCCAGGGCCACAGAAGUAUUCUGGAGCUAGUGGAGUUCUUUGAGGAGGAGGACAAGUUUUACCUUGUGUUUGAGAAGCUCAGAGGAGGCUCCAUCUUGGCCCACAUUCACAAGAGGAGAUACUUUGGCGAACAGGAAGCCAGCAUUGUUGUGCAGGACAUUGCAAGUGCACUGGACUUCCUUCACAAUAAAGGAAUGGCCCACAGAGAUUUGAAGCCUGAAAACAUCUUGUGUGAACACGAGCACAGGAUUUCGCCUGUCAAGAUUUGUGAUUUUGAUUUGGGCAGUGGAAUUAAACUCAAUAGCGACAGUUCACCCAUCUCCACUCCUGAGCUCCUCACUCCAUGUGGAUCUGCUGAAUACAUGGCGCCAGAAGUUGUGGAAGCCUUCAACGAGGAGGCCACCAUUUAUGAUAAGCGCUGUGACCUGUGGAGCCUGGGCGUCAUCCUCUACAUCAUGCUAAGCGGUUACCCUCCUUUUGUGGGUCGCUGUGGAAGUGACUGUGGAUGGGAGAAUGGAGAACCUUGUCAAGCUUGUCAGAACAUGUUGUUUGAAAGCAUCCAGGAGGGCAAGUAUGAGUUUCCAGAGAAAGAGUGGGCUCAUAUUUCCUCCAGCGCCAAAGACCUCAUUUCCAAACUGCUUGUACGGGACGCCAAGAAACGUCUCAGCGCUGCUCAGGUUCUCCAGCAUCCCUGGGUACAAGGGGGUGCCUUUGAUUGUCUCCCCUCCUCCAUCUUGCCUCAAAGGAAUAGCAGCACUAAGGAUCUAACCUUCUUUGCGGGCAAAGCUGUAGCCAUGAACCGGCAACUGGCCCAGCAAGACGACCUGGAAGAACAACAGCAGCAGGACACUCCUCAGGUUAUUACAGCCAGUGCCACAUCCAUGCGCCUUUCCCCUCCCUCCAACUCCAAACUGGCCAAGCGCAGACAGAGGAGCAGCCUGCUGAAAGGAGCGCCCGUGUCUGCCUCAGAGCUCAGGCAGCUCCUGGCACCGCUGGUCAUUGUGGGGGAUUGUGCAUGAUCAGCUGAGCUGGGCUCUGUCUGAACAGUUUUCCUAUUUCAAAUGGAUGAAUGAACAAGUAUCUGCUACCUUUUGUGCAAAUCCCUUUCUUCUGCCCACAUGAAUGGAACCCAGUCUUUUCCUAAAUGGUGGUUCAGUUUGUGCCUGUUGCAGAUCCAGUUAGUUUCCUUAAGCACUGGUGCAAGAGCUCCAGCAGCACUUUGAUCAACUCUCAACAGUUUGGGAAACACCUUGAGAGCUCAAGGCAAAUGAACUGGACUCUGUUUAGGAUAAUGAUUGGGUUACAUCAGACAUUAGGAAAUUUGUCUAAAGGUUAAGCAUUAAAUACCAGCUCAGACACCAAAGGUCUAAUACCUUCCACCAUCCCUACCUAAACCUCUUUUUGUGCUGCUUCCACGUUACAACUGGAUCCACUGUGAAUUUUCUCUGUGAGAGAUACAACUGCAUUUUGUUUUUCAGGAAAGUUGUUCCUGUGUGUGUGUGUGUGUGUGUGUGUGCACGCAUUUGUGUGUAUGUGUGCAUUAAUUCCCCUUCCCUUCAGCAGAUACUCAAGAUACUGGUAUGUGCUUAUGCAACCCUGAUGAAGGCUAUUCUGACUUGCAUUACUUUAGGGGAAAUCUUGUAUAAGUGGAGCGAAGCUCUGAUAAUAGUGCCUCACCUCACUUAAUGCGUCACUGUCCCCCCCACAGCCUUUUAAAUCAGACAAGAAAAUGCCCUGAUCUGUAGGGGUAGGUAGCUUUUUUCCACUCUGUUUCUUAAGCACUUGUCCUAAUAGAGUGAGUUCUUUGACACCAUUACUCCGCUAGACUAUCCCAGCAGGCUACUUUUGAGACAUUGGUUCCUGUGGUUGAGGAACCAAUAAAGAUACUGCUCAAUUUUAAUUGUAUGGCAACUUUUUGCUGUGCAAGACCUGAAUUAGAAUUGCAGUAUUAGAUGCCAUUGUCUAGGAAACCGUAACGGUUUCUUUCAAAUUUCACCAAAAAUCUUAUUGAUAGCAGAUAAGAGAGAAUAUAAACAUUUCUGAGCACAACAGGGAUUAAGUGCUGGGAAGCAGCCAGAUGGUUGCACAAGCACACGUUUGCCAGUGUGGCUAGAGGAAUAACGAUGGUCUGUAUCAGGAAGAUAAUGCUUUGAGCUCAUUGCCCACUUUAUGGGGGUGAUCAUGGUACGAAAAUAGUGAAAUAUUAGCCUGUUGAUGCCACCAAAAAGCAAACUAUAUAAAUAUUAGAAGAGAGAGAGGAAGAGAGAGUAUUUUCAAGUUACAGAAAAUGUAAAAAAAAAAAAAAAAAAAAGGAGAAAAAAAAGGAAAAAGCAUUCCAGGAAAAAGGAUUUAAAAAAACUAAACAAAAAAAGUCUUCCAAGAAAAUGUAGCUGUAUGAUUGAAAUGGUCUAAGAAAGUUUACUAUGUUGUUUUAUUUUCUUUCUUUUUAUACGUUAAUGGUUGACUCCAGUUCAGAGUGUGCCACACUGAUGUUUCAAACUUUGAGCUUUGUUUAACUUUUUUUUAUUGAAAGCAUAUUUUCUAUCUUAUUUUAAUGCAGGUGCUGUUCAGGUGGAACAUUUUCCCUUUUAUAUAGUUUUGUUACUUUAUUGAUGUUGGUUUUUUAUAUGCUGUAUAAGAGUGAGAAGAGUAUGCGAAUGUGACUGGGAAGGAAAAAAAAAACGAAGGAAGAAAUAGAGGGAGUCGUAUAGUCUGUACAGAUUGGAGAUUUUACUCUUUAUGUUCUUGCUUUGGAAGUGACUUAAGGGUUGUUUAAAACUCCCCUUUCUCUCUGAAAUAAUUGGUGGCUUGAUGCAUUUAGUAAGACGCAACCAUUUUUGCCAAAGUGUGCUCAUUUCUAAAGUAAUGCACUGAGGGAUCUGGGAGUGCUGAUCUUGGAUCUUUAGCUUAUGCCAGCAUACUUGGUUAAGCUUGAACCAGAGCGUCAUUCCUUUUCCGAGGUGCAUAAAGCAUCUGAACCCAGACGUCUGGAUUCAGAUGAAGUCUUUAUAAAUUCGGCAAACGUUUAGCGUCACAAAUGGGAGUUUGAAUUGCCCUACAAUAUUAUCCUGUUGAAUGUUUUUAGAGCGUCACCUGUUCUGUCGUGUUGCUCUGAGAUAUGAUAAACCUAAUGGCAGUCCCUGGUUUUGAAGGGCCCAUUAUGCUGAUUAUUAUGACACUGAUUGUAAACUUUAUUGAUUUGUCUGUCUUUCCUCAAGAAUCUUUUUACAAAUGCAUCUUUGUGGGGGUUUUAUGUCUUAUAGUAAGACUUGAAUUGUAUGUGCAAAAGUUUCCUCAUGUUUUGUCCAGGAAACUUUAUUUGCUAUAAUGUACAAAUGGCAAAAAAAAAAAAAAAAGUUCAUAAGCUGAGAUUUAAAGCAAUCUUUGGUCUGGAAAGUAUCAUUUCCGCCACUUCUGUUCAGUAUUUUGUCUUUCUUCUAGGCUUUGAUAUAUUGCAGAUAUUCCGAGAGCUUUGGGUUUGUAUUUUCUGAAGUGUCUGUGGCGCUAGGCUGGUCCUCUAAAAGCUCCUGUGCCUCUGACUAAAGAUUCACCACUGUUUUACCCAUAUGGUAGUUAUGGGUUGCCUUGUAUUAACAAAUCUGACCUGGAUUUUCAAGAUUUUUAGAAAGUUCUCAUUUAAUGUUCCUAUUGUACAAAGCCCAAUAUUAGCCAAUACAAACAAAUGUAACGUCUUGAAAAAUGAAGUUUCUUUUGUUUUUCUUUUAUUUUGUUCCCCAUCCCAAAGGUAAUUGGGAUAAAAGUAUUCAGAUGCACAAUUGUGUGUUUUUUUUAUUAUAUUAUUAUUAUAGUUUUUUUUUUAUGAUCAAAUGUGACCCUCUAGUCUGAAGGCUUUUAUUUUUGGGGUGUUGUCGAGAACGCUUAAGAGCACUGUUUGUCCGUUUCCUAACUCUAAAUUUUGUCAAAUAAUUGGGGGAAAAUUCUGAAAUUGGUCAUCAGUUGCGACAAAAUAGGUAUUGAUUUAAUUUUUUUUUUAAAAGCACUUUACUGUACCAUGUGGCUGACUGCAGUUCACUCAAAGCUAAAUUUAUGACUGUUGUGGCAGAAUUUUGUAUUAUUUUAUACAAAGCAAACCAACAAAAAUGCAAUAAAAUUCUUUGAAAAAAGUU